UGACAGAAGCAUUGCAUUAAGCCAAAAUGUCUUUGAAAUGGAACUCACUUAUUCUGCUAAUACAGCUGAGUUGCUGCUUCAGCUCUGGGAGCUGUGGAAAGGUGUUGGUGUGGCCCACAGAAUACAGUCAUUGGAUUAAUAUAAAGACCAUCCUGGAUGAGCUCAUCCAGAGUGGCCAUGAGGUGACUGUUUUGACAUCUUCAGCUUCCAUUCUUGUGGAUCCAAAGAAAACAUCAACUAUUAAAUUUGAAGUUUAUCCUACAUCUUUAAUAAAAGAAGAUCUUGAGAGUUUGUUCACAAGUUGGCUCAGGAAAUGGACAUAUGAUUUUAAAAAACAGACAUUUUGGGAAUAUUUCUCACAAGUUCAAGAAAUAUUUUGGGACUAUUCUGAUUGUAUUAAAAUGCUUUGUAAAGAAGUUGUUUUGAACCAGAAACUCAUGGCGAAACUACAAGACUCAAGGUUUGACAUUGUUCUUGCCGAUGCCAUUGGUCCCUGUGGUGAGCUGUUGGCUGAGCUUCUGGAAGUACCCCUUGUGUACAGUCUCCGCUUCACUCCUGGCUACACCUAUGAAAAGUAUAGUGGAGGACUCAUGUUCCCUUCUUCCUAUGUGCCUAUUGUUUUAUCAGAAUUAACUGAUCAAAUGACAUUUAUGGAGAGGGUGAAAAAUAUGAUAUAUGUGUUCUAUUUUGACUUUUGGUUCCAAACAUUUAAUGAGAAGAAGUGGGAUCAAUUUUACAGCGAAGUUUUAGGAAGACCCACUACACUAUCUGAGACAAUGGGAAAAGCUGACAUGUGGCUCAUCCGAACCUACUGGGAUUUGGAAUUUCCUCGCCCAUUCUUACCCAAUUUCGAUUUUGUUUGAGGACUCCAUUGCAAGCCUGCCAAGCCUUUGCCUAAGGAGAUGGAAGACUUUGUGCAGAGCUCUGGGGAAGAGGGAGUAGUGGUGUUUUCCCUGGGGUCCAUGGUCAGCAACAUGACAGAGGAAAGGGCCAGUGUGAUCGCAUCAGCCCUUGCCCAGCUGCCACAAAAGGUUUUCUGGAGAUUUGAUGGCCAGAAGCCAAGUACCUUAGGAUCCAAUAUCCAACUGUAUAAGUGGAUCCCCCAGAAUGAUUUACUAGGUCAUCCAAAAACCAAGGCUUUUAUAACUCAUGGUGGCACCAAUGGCAUCUAUGAGGCGAUCUACCAUGGCGUCCCUGUGGUGGGCAUUCCUUUGUUUGCGGAUCAACCUGAUAACAUUGUUCGUAUGAAGGCCAAGGGAGCAGCUGUGAGACUGGAUUUUAACACAAUGACAAGUACAGACUUACUCAAUGCAUUGAAGACAGUCAUUUACAAUCCAUCAUAUAAAGAGAAUGCUAUGAGGUUAUCAAGAAUACACCACGAUCAGCCCAUGAAGCCCCUGGACCGAGCAGUCUUCUGGAUCGAGUACGUCAUGCGCCACAAAGGAGCCAAGCACCUUCGGGUUGCAGCCCACGACCUCACCUGGUACCAGUACCACUCUCUGGAUGUGAUUGGGUUCCUGCUGGCCUGUGUGGGAACUGUAGUGUUCAUAAUCCUAGAGUGUUGUCUGUUUUCAUACAAAAUGUUUGUUAAAACUGGAAAGAAGAACAAAAGGGAGUGAUUUUACCUAGGUCUGAUGCUGAGAGUCCUGAUAUUUGGGAGUUCUCUAGUUGAAAGGCACAAAAUGCAGAAGAAACUGUGAUGCAAGAUUCCUUUCCUCCUGUGACCAAACAAGUUUUUGCAAUUUGCCUUGUCAAGUUCAAAUUUGUUUUCCAGGAAUUAAUAACUUUUGAAAAGUUAGAAAUGUCUCAGGCCAAAGAAAACAAUCUAUGGACAAAUAAAACAAUUACAUGACAUUAUUUUGCAAUAUA